UAAACAAUAUGAUCACAAAAGAAAUAAGUUCAAAUUGAAAUGAUGGAGCAGGAUUUAAAUUCUGAAGAUAUGGCAAUUUUUGAACAAUCUUUGAUACUACUGCACUCACCAGAUAUUGAUUCAGAAAGGACGCUGUACAACCUAAUGAAUAUGAGUAUUAGAAAACAUCAUCAUUCGAGACAAAUUUUACAUGGAAAGAACAUUUCUGGAAUUCCUUUUGUAGAAACCAGUGGUUCUGAAUCCAUCGAAGGCAAAGAAAACUCUUUUGAUUAUUCAAUCAAUACAAAUGAAAGUCUCACAGAUCAAAAUAAUGAAUCAAUUAAGAAAACUCCAACUACAAUGACUAGUUUUUCAAACUCUAGUGAAGAAAUCACAGUUCAGUCAACUAGUUUCUCCGAUGAUCAUGUUAAAGAUUCUGCAGAUGCUGUAAUGGACCUUUCGGUUAUAAGUGGUUUGAGAUUCAAAUCAGAUCAAGUACUACCCCAGAAACAUGCUAGAGUUUCACACAUGUUUGUGGAUCAUUCAUUUGUCAAACGAAUGCGAAGAGCUGCAACAAAAUCGUCAACAAAACAUAGCUACUGCCCGAACCCUGUAAAUCUGAAGAAAAUAAGAGCAAUUCUAGCAAGAGGAGACCCUUUCCCCACUAAUUUGAUGAGACCUUCUGUUAAUACCACUGCAGAUUUGUUGAGGGAAAAGUUAUAAACAUUGUUAACUGUGGGUCAAUU